GGCUCCCGGCGGCUCUCGGCGGCUCCCGGCGGCUCCCGGCGGCUCCCGGCGGCUCCCGGCGGCUCCCGGCACCAGGCCUGGGCCCAGCCCGGCGCUGCCCUCAGCGAGCUCCUUUCUGCCCUCAGACAAGCCCAGGGUGCUGCCUGACAGGAGCCAGAGAUGACCAAGGAAGAAGAUCUACCAGACUGGAACUCAUCCAAGGAGUUUUAUGAAAAAUAUGAGCCGAAGGAGAUUUUGGGCAGGGGGGUGAGCAGCGUGGUCCGGCGGUGCAUCCACAAAACCACGAGGCAGGAAUACGCCGUGAAGAUCAUCGACAUCACGGCAGGGAACAUCUCCCCCAAGGAGGUGCAGGAGCUGCGGGAAGCCACCACCAAGGAGAUUGACAUCCUCCGCAAGGUCUCGGGCCACCCCAACGUCAUCCAGCUGAAGGACAGCUAUGAAUCCAGCACCUUCUUCUUCUUGGUGUUUGACCUGAUGAAGAGAGGGGAGCUCUUUGACUACCUCACUGAGAAAGUCACCUUGAGCGAGAAAGAAACCAGGAAGAUCAUGCGAGCGCUGCUGGAAGUGAUCCAGUACCUGCACUCCAUCAACAUUGUCCAUCGGGACCUGAAGCCGGAGAACAUCCUGCUGGAUGAUGACAUGAACAUCAAGCUGACAGAUUUUGGCUUCUCCUGCCAGCUGCACGAGAAUGAGAAGCUCAAAGAGAUCUGUGGCACUCCUGGCUACCUGGCCCCCGAGAUCCUGCAGUGCUCCAUGGAUGAUGAGCACCAAGGCUACGGGAAGGAGGUCGAUAUGUGGAGCACCGGGGUGAUCAUGUACACCCUGCUGGCCGGCUCGCCGCCCUUCUGGCACCGCAAGCAGAUGCUGAUGCUGCGCAUGAUCAUGAACGGCGAUUACCAGUUCGGCUCCCCGGAGUGGGACGACCGCUCUGACACCGUCAAGGACCUGCCGGUGGCCUGUGCAGAUCUCGCGGUUCCUGGUGGUGGACCCGCGGCAGCGGUACACGGCGGGCCAGGCGCUGGCACACCCCUUCUUCCAGCAGUACGACGUGGAGGAGGUCCGGCACUUCAGCCCCUUCCGGAAAUUCAAGGUGAUCUGCCUGACAGUCCUGGCCUCGGUGAGGAUCUACUACCAGUACCGGCUGGUGAAGUCAGUGACCAGGGAGCUGGUGGUCAGGGACCCCUACGCCCUCAAGCCCGUCCGCAAGCUCAUCGACGCCUGUGCCUUCCGCACCUACCGCCACUGGGUGAAGAAGGGGGAGGCCCAGAACAGAGCUGCCCUCUUUGAGAACACCUGCAAGGCCAUCCUGCUCACCCUGGCAGCCGAUGAGGGGCUGUUCUGAUCACCACUACCCCAGCCCCUGGUUCACAGUAGGCGAGUAAAAUCUUUGAAAACAAA